UAAGCUAACCUCCCCACCCCAAAAGGAUCUGGUGGAAGAAAAGUCAGGCAAACACAAGCAAGCACGCACGCACCACUGGGAGAUCAGAACUUCUAGCUGGCUCUCUGCUGCCACAGCUCCGCCGAAGGGAGGGGGUGGAAGACGAGGACUAAACUCACAGCUGAGAGGAGAGGAAGGUGUGUGCAGCUUUUUCUGAGCAUCUGACCUAGAAUCCAGCAGCUGGUACAUCACCUGGAUCAUGAGGUCACCCCUCUGCUGGCUCCUCCCACUUCUCAUCUUGGCCUCGGUGGCCCAAGGCCAGCCAACAAGACGACCAAGACCCGGGGCUGGGCCCGGGCGCAGACCCAGACCAAGGCCCCGGCCCACACCCAGCUUUCCUCAGCCUUAUGAACCAGCAGAGCCAACAGACCUGCCUCCUCCCCUCCCUCCAGGCCCUCCAUCCAUCUUCCCUGACUGUCCCCGCGAAUGCUACUGCCCCCCUGAUUUCCCAUCUGCCCUCUACUGUGAUAGCCGCAACCUGCGCAAAGUCCCUAUCAUCCCGCCCCGCAUCCAUUACCUCUAUCUCCAGAACAACUUCAUCACUGAGCUCCCGGUGGAGUCCUUCCAGAAUGCCACAGGCCUGCGAUGGAUUAACCUGGACAACAACCGGAUCCGCAAGAUAGAUCAGAGGGUGCUGGAGAAACUGCCCGGCCUAGUGUUCCUCUACAUGGAGAAGAACCAGCUGGAAGAGGUCCCCUCAGCCCUGCCCCGGAACCUGGAGCAGCUGCGGCUGAGCCAGAACCACAUCUCCAGAAUCCCACCUGGCGUCUUCAGCAAGCUGGAGAACCUGCUACUCCUAGAUCUCCAGCACAACAGGCUGAGUGACGGCGUCUUCAAGCCCGACACCUUCCAGGGCCUCAAGAACCUCAUGCAGCUCAACCUGGCCCACAACAUCCUGAGAAAGAUGCCGCCCAAGGUCCCCACCGCCAUUCACCAGCUCUACCUGGACAGCAACAAGAUUGAGACCAUCCCUAAUGGUUAUUUCAAGAGCUUUCCCAAUCUUGCCUUCAUUCGACUCAACUACAAUAAGCUGACGGACAGGGGACUCCCCAAGAACUCCUUUAACAUCUCCAACCUGCUCGUGCUCCACCUGUCACACAACAGGAUCAGCAGUAUGCCCGCCAUCAACAACAGGCUGGAACACCUGUACCUCAACAACAACAGCAUCGAGAAAAUCAACGGAACCCAGAUUUGCCCCAACGACCUAGUCGCGUUCCAUGACUUCUCCUCGGACCUGGAGAACGUGCCACACCUGCGCUACCUGCGGCUGGAUGGGAACUACCUGAAGCCGCCCAUCCCGCUGGACCUCAUGAUGUGCUUCCGCCUCCUGCAGUCUGUGGUCAUCUAGGCCCUGCUCCGCCACGGAUCCGCUCCGACCGCACUUGAAGGCUGGGGCCCAGGCGCCUGUGCCCAUCAUUCGUUUUCUCUCUCUCCCUUUCUUGCUCCCAGCUUUGCCUCCCUUAUCCCACCCUUGAGGCAGGGAAAAGCCAUCCAUUCUGCUGCAGCCUCAGGAGCGAGACUUCCAAGGGCUCGGUUUGGUCCCACCCAGUUGAAAGACACCCAGUGCGCACCCAAACUCCUGGCCUUCUGUGGUUUCCCUUUGCCCCAGAAACACAGAUGUGUCUAAAGA